AUGGACGAGGCCGAUCCGCUGCUCGCGCGCUCGCCGCGCGCGCGGUCGAGAUGGACGUGGAAGAUCGGGAUCGCCGCGAUGGUGAUCAUCGGCGUCGUAUUCGCGAUCGCGGCCGCGAACGCGGGGCUUCGCGGCGAGAUCGGGGCGGCCGCGACGUUGGGAAAGCAGCCGGAGGGAACGGGAAAGAAAGCUUCCGUCGGCCUCGCCGCGGAGGCGCGGAACGCGGCGGCGAAGACCGCGGCCGUGGGCGACGACGACGCCGACGAGACCGCGCCCGCGCCCGCGCCAGCCAACGAGACGGUGCCCGCCGACGAUGUGGCGGCGGCGGCCGAAGAGACGGCGGCGGCCGCCAACGCGACCGCGCCCGCGCCCGCGCCAGCCAACGAGACGGUGCCCGCCAACGAUGUGGCGGCGGCGGCCGAAGAGACGGCGGCGGCCGCCAACGCGACCGCGCCCGCGCCCGCGCCCGCCGCCGAGACGCCGUCCGCGUCCCCCGAGGAGGACGCCGCGCGGGCGAACGAUUGGGAGGAAGCCGAAGCCGCCGAGGAUAAGGAGGGCACCGCGGCGCCCGAUGAGACGGCGGCGCCCGCCGAUGAGACGCCGCCCGCCGCCGAGACGCCGCCCGCGUCCCCCGAGGAGGACGCCGCGCGGGCGAACGAUUGGGAGGAAGCCGAAGCCGCCGAGGAUAAGGAGGGCACCGCCGCCGACGAGACGGCCGCACCCGCAGACGAGACCGCGCCCGCGCCCGCGCCCGCGCCAGCCAACGAGACGGUGCCCGCCGACGAUGUGGCGGCGGCGGCCGAAGAGACGGCGGCGGCCGCCAACGCGACCGCGCCCGCGCCCGCGCCAGCCAACGAGACGGUGCCCGCCGACGAUGUGGCGGCGGCGGCCGAAGAGACGGCGGCGGCCGCCAACGCGACCGCGCCCGCGCCCGCGCCAGCCAACGAGACGGUGCCCGCCAACGAUGCGGCGCCCGCGACCGCGCCCGCGCCGUCCGCGGCGGCGUCGGCGGACGUGGCGGACUACGAGGCGAAUGCGGAGGCGGAGCCGGCGAAGGACACCAUGGCGGCGGUAAUCGAGAUCACGGUGAAGAACGACGAGACCGUGACGACCGCGCCGGGGGACACGUACACGCUGUUCAUUCACAAUUCCAAGACGGUCGCGCAGCUGAAGGCGCGCGUGAAAGACCUCGACGGCGUCCCGCCGGAGCGUCAGAUUUUGUUUUUCAACGGGACGAGGCUCGAGAAGGACGGGAAGGCGCUGAGGGAGUACGACAUCGAGACCGGGGACACGGUCACGGUGCAUCACACGUCGUACUGGAAGAAGGACGCGUGA